UACCGAUCGACGUAGCUCUUUGCUCUUCGACAGUUAGCAAGGUGGGCAGCGUCGUUUAACUUGUUUAUUGUAUCUUACUUUACAUCAGCUGACCUCGUCCUGUUCAGAUGCCCACUGCCAUGGAAGACGCGAGUAACAAGGCACGCAAGUGCAUCAAUAACCCGAAGAUGUUGAUCACGUAUCUGUGGUUCGUCACGAUGCUCUUCGGCUUCAUGUACGCGAUUGCUGCCAUCGUCGCGGCUGUCAACAACGACGGUGAAGGCGAGAGCGACUCCAAGUCGCUGGGCUUCGUGGGCGUCUGGGCAAUGAUCCUCAUUAUUGCGCUAUCGGUCGGAGGCACGAUGGUCAUGCGCAAACACCAGACGCCGCUGGCUGUGGGCUUCCUCAUCGGCGUCGUGCUGAUGAUGUCGUUGCAGAUGUUCUCACUGUCAAUUAUCUUUGCGGGUGCCGCCUACCUGGCCCGCAUCGAGCGCGCCAAGGGUGAUGAACACACCAACGUGCACUCGAACGAAGCCGGUUCGGUUUUCUCCUUCUUCAUGUUCGUCUGCUACCUGGCUUUCACCAUUGUGCUGGUGCGCCACCGCAACAUCGUCAUUAAGGAGGGCGUGAACCUGGACCCGAAUGCUAUCAAUAACGAUAUCGAGAAGAAUCCCGCGGGCACUGGCGGUAACAUGUCCACUGCCACCACGGCUACGUCUCCUCGUGUCAUCCGCACGGACGUAGACGUCCCCCAGCAAUUGGCUCCGCCUGUCAGCGUGUAGCCACCGACAUUUUAGCACAGUACAACAUACGCAUAAUAAGAGCAAUGCACCAACAAGUAAUAGCCUGAACCAAGAUUGAGCUUUUCCAGCGUCUCAGUUAAUGUUGAA